UAAAUUUCAUAUACACAUUACGGUUUUAUAUAUAUCAUUUAUUUGAAGAUGUCAAGAUCCGAUGACUUUGUUAUUGAUAACACGGCAGAAUUUACCGUUGAAGAGGAUUUUGCUACUUCUGAAGAAUUGUUGAAUUGGGUUAACAAUGUCGCUAAAUCUCUUGGUGUUGUUGUUAUAAAAAAACGUUCAAAGUUUUCGAGAAAAAAUGAAUUAAGAAAAAUGUGGUUGCGGUGCGACCGUGGCGGUGAGUAUAAAGAUAUUGGUUCUAUUGAAAUUACUGCUGAAACUUGCGGGUGUCAACUUCGUACAAGUUGUGGGUUACCAUGUGCGCACGAACUUAACUUCUAUAUGAAAGAAGACUUGUUUAUUCCAUUACAAGAAAUUGAUGUCUUCUGGAGGACUUUAGAUAUUCCUGACCCUACAGUAGAGGAGGAGGAUGAUGUAACUUGUGAUGCUGAGCUUGAAAGGUUCAAAAAAGGUUUUGCAGAUCAGCCAAAGUCAGGGAAGGUCUCAUUUUUGAGAAAACUUAGGGGGAUUUUUGAACCAUCGACCUAUAUUGUUGGUGAACCUUCUGUUCACAAAAAUAUCCGUGGUCGUCCAAGUUCAAAAUCCAGCAAGGACAAACAAGUGUUGCCUAAUGAAAGUCGUAGACAUAGUUGUUCAUCGUAUAGACCAGCCGUUCAGUCUGAAUUGAACGAGCCACCACGACACAGUGAAUAUGUCUACCGCGAUCUGCCACCCAAGGUUGAUCCACCACAGUGUAGCUCAUAUAUGCCUUUUUCUUUUGAUUUGAAUGAUCUGCCACCUAUGUCCGAGCAGAACUUUGUUUAUCAAGACCCGGCACCAUCAACUCAAUAUGGUUAUGAUCAUUACGAACUGCCACAACAAAACGAAUAUUAUUAUCAGCAGCCAAUAAUGGAGGAACCGACACGGUAUACACAUCCACUGAUUCAUGAAAUUCCAUCUUUCUUUCAACCAUAUGUCAUCGGGAUUGAAGAUGUUGAAGGCGAUGGAAAUUGUGGUUUUCGGUCAGUAGCUGUUGCUAUUGGUCGAGAUCAACAUGAUUGGCCAUCGAUUCGUCAUGAAUUAUUGCAGGAAUUGCAUACCAAUAAAAAACACUAUAAAAUUUUUUUUGGUGAUUAUUAUAAGGUUGUGGAACACUCCUUCAAAUUUCAAGGCAUUGGAUUUGCACCGAUUGAGCAUUGGAUAAAAAUGCCCGAAACUGGUCUCGUGAUCGCAAACAAGUACAACUGCAUUUUUUAUUUUUUAACAGAUGCAGGUAGUUACACAUUCUUUCCGCUUUGGACAAGUCCACAAGCUCCAGAACUAAAUCAAUCCAUAGCAAUUGCAUUUGUUCAUGGAAAUCAUUUUGUGAAAGUGGAUUUGCAAAAUGGACAUCCAAUGCCCAAAGUUUCUCCGUAUAAAAGUGUCUGUAUGAAAGAAUGGAGACAAAUGUAUAAGGAUCGUCUACAAUUCCCCCUCUGUAUCUCAAUUACAUCGACCCUCGUGCAGUUCUUAAGAAUUUCUUCGAAAUCGGUAAAGCUGGUAGCGACCUCUUCCCCUACUGAAGAUUCAAAAGCUCCCAACCUUUACCCCGCUAUCCCACCGCUUUAUCCUGUCGCCCUUUUGCUUUUCCGUCACAUCAGAUCGAAACUUCACGAACACCCGAUCCUAGACAUCCGGAAGGAAGGUCUAAGCCGAAGCUACGAAUCUUUGGUUUUAGCGAACAUCUACGGUCCCAAAUUGCACCGCAGAGCUUGUAGUUUUAGUAUGAGCUGCAGAGCUUCUGCGCCGGCUUACAUGGCUGCCCGAGGCGUCCUGACUCCUUUACGGGUUCACAGCAAAGCAGCGGCGUGGACGCCGCCGGUGUUUUUUCCACCCUUCAUUUCGUGGCUUGGACAGAGCUCCCGCCCCCUCCUCCGCCUCCGCCUCUUCUGCACCCUCCACCGGCAGCCUCCAGGAAUUGACUUGUCCAAGUACACAGAGAAGUUUGCCCAGAGAAUGGCCAUGGCUGGCAUCAAACCCCAUCACCGUCUUGCAAUAGCUGUUUCUGGUGGUCCUGAUAGUAUAGCACUUUGUGUAUUAACUGCUGCUUGGAAAUGCAAUAAAUUUGAUGCGGCUGACAAACAAAGAAACAAGUCAACUGAUGGCCUUUUGGCAAUUGUUGUGGAUCAUGGAUUGCGAGUAGAAAGUGCCGAGGAAGCAAACAUCGUUUACAAUCGAGUCCAAGAUAUGGGAAUCAAAUGUGUAGUAGUCCGCUGUGAAUGGUUGGAUGGUAGGCCCAAGCCUGGUCACUUACAAGAAGCAGCUCGCAAUAAGAGGUAUGAAACCUUACAGAAUAUAUGCAUCGAGCAGAAGAUCAGCGUAUUGUUGGUUGCACAUCAUGCUGAUGAUCAGGCGGAGCUAUUUAUUCUGAGAUUAUCUAGAAAUAGUGGUGUUCUCGGGCUUGCUGGUAUGGCGUUUGUUUCUCAAAUGUUUGCGGAAUUUCCUGAUUCUAGUGGGAAAGGAUCAAACGCGAACGGCAUGUUACUAGUCAGACCACUUCUGGAGUUCACAAAAGAUGAUAUGUAUGAUAUUUGUCGUGCUAGUACUCGACAGUGGGUGGAGGAUCCGACAAACAAGAGUCCUUUAUAUGCUCGUAAUAGAAUCAGGAUGUCAUUGCAUAACAUUUCAUCACCUAUAUUCAAGGCUGAGUUGCAGUCAGCUAUAUCAGCAUGCCGAAGAACGCGAGUGCAUGUUGACAGACUUUGUCACCAGUUGUUGAAUCAUGUUGUGACAAUCAUGCCUGUAUGCUUUCUCAAUUCAGAUGUUUUAUGUUGGUCUGUUUAUAUUCAAUUUAUCUGUGUCCUGCUGAAAACAAACAGUACUGAGAUAAUCCUUUGUCUUUUGCUUGACGUCAUGCUUGAUUACUUUGCUCCACCUUUACUCCAACCAAAAAUACAAAUGCAGCAUGGAUAUGCAGUGAUUGAUCUAGAAAACCUCCGCUCAAUGGAAGUAAAAGAUAUUUACCUUGCUAAGUGUGUUGCUUUGUUAUUGCAGUUUAUUUCACAAAGACAUAAGCCAGUUCGAGGGAGCGCAAUGAAAUUGCUAAUUAGUUACCUUUCUACUUUCCCCUGCAAGACUUCUCUAGAUGUAGCGUGCUGUUACCUCUGUCCAGCUCCAGGAUCCAAAGGAACUAAGGUCAUCAUAUGCUGCUCUGUUGAUUCAGGUUUGCCUAUAACGAUGAAGUUGUGUGGAAAAGGGCAGUAUUGUCCUGGUAAUAGCGACUUAGACGAGAUUAUAACAGAGAGCGAAUCAUAUUUGGAUGAACAUUCACCAGACUCUUCUAGUAUUCCAUUUCUGGAUGUAAAUUCCUCUGAGUCUGUUCUAGAUGAAGCUAAAAGACAUGGAAUUCUAAGUGACUCUACCUAUAGGACAAUUAUUUCUUUGCAGAAGGAAGAAAGCGACAAUUUUCGAUCUAGAGCCGAUAGCAACACUGAUUUAGUCUCUGAAGAUUAUGAUAGACCUUCAUGUGCAAAUCCCAUUACAUUUAUUUGUCCUGGUCAAGUAGGAUAUUUCAUGAAUAGACUUGUAUUGGAUUGGAAGGUAUGCAACUGUUUUUGCAGUUAUUGCUUUAUGGGUGACGAGAUUGUGGCCAAAGUACGCCUCAUGAUAGAUGCUGAUUGGAUAUACCUCUCUGACUUAUCGAAGAAGACGAAUCUUGGAAAGGGGAAAAUUAUUGAAUAUGCUGUGUUAUCAGCAAGAAGAGGUCUUGAAUUGUUAAAACCCAUUCCAGUUGCUGCAAGAAGAUCUAUGCCUGUCUUGGUUAAUUCCGAAGGAGUUUUACUAAGUAUUCCGCUGUUUUCAGUCCACGGAUACCUUUGGGCGGAGGACAUAGCUCGUUCUUGUAGUUCCCAAUCUCGUGCUCCAACUUUGCAGGAUAAAAUAUGGGUUGAGUUGCUGGAGGAGUAUCAUUGGGGGAGGAUGCAGUGUAAUUGCCUGGUGUAA